CGGAGGAGGAUGCCCCGCGCCCUGCUGCGCGACCUGAACGCCGCGCUGUCCUGCAUGCUGUGCGGGGGCUACCUGGUGAACGCCGCUACGCUGGUCGACUGCCUCCACUCCUUCUGCAAGGUGUGCAUCGUGCGCUACCUGGACACCAGCAAGCUGUGCCCCAUCUGCGACGUGCCCGUCCACAAGUCCAGGCCGCUCAGCUGCCUCAGGGUGGACACGACCCUGCAGGACAUCGUCUACAAGGUCGUUCCGGGGCUCUACCAGAGAGAGAUGAAGCAGCGCCGGGAGUUCUACGACCAGCACCCCGACGCAGCCUUCAAGGUGCCCUGCCUCGAGGACCGCGGCGUGGUGGAUGUCUCUAGCAGGCUCAUCUUCAGCCCCCAAGACACUGUCAGCGUGUCCCUCGAGUACUUCACCGGCACGACGGAGGCCUGGGAGUCGGAAGACGACUGCAAAGAGGACGCUGCCGACGCUGCUGAUGGCGAGGGCACAAAGGACCCGAGGCGGGGGCAGCGGCGGUUUCUCAGCUGUCCCGCCGCCUUCACCAUCAGCCACAUGCAGAAGUUCCUCCGCACCAAGUACGCCCUGGCACCGAGCCUCAAGAUUGACAUCCUGCACAUGGGUGACGUUCUCUCGGAAGGUUACUCGCUCAUGGACGUGGCCUACAUCUACGCCUGGAAGAGGGAGUCUCCCCUACGCCUCGCAUUCCGGGUGUACUCCCAACCUACAAAGCGGCCGGCCCCGGCAGACACGGUCGAAGGUCGGGUGGACGUCGACGGAGCACACAGCGGCGGGAACUCUGUCGGGCAGCCGCAGCAGUGCCCCCCGGAACAGGCGACGGUGCCCUGUCGACCGGUGCCCGAGUCUUCGGCGGUAGCCAGCGUGGCGGAAGGUGUCGCCCAGAGCAGGGGGAGUCCGGAGACGGACGCGGAACCUCCCGCACUUGUGCCGAGGGAGGAGGCUGCCGACGCUGCCGUUCCGACCGCCGUUCCCGCUACGGAGACGCGCCAACCGGACUCACUGGACGGCACAACGGCGACCGAGAGGUCGGCUGCCCCCGGGAGUGCCCAGGCGGCGGAUGUGGUCUGGUCGUCCUCCCCGUUGCAGCAACAGCGGCGGAAAGCGGCCGAGUCCCCCGCCGUGAGUCCCCCCGCCCUAUCCAAGAUCACUAUCAGCACUCUGGACAGGAGCAGCAACAAGAUCACCAUCCAGACGAAGGAGGUGCCCCCGGCGGUGGCGCGGGCCAUGUCCCCGCCCCGCUCCCCGCUGUCCAGGAAGUCCAGGCGCAAGGAGCAGCGGGACGCCGAGCGGCCACUGCAGCACGCCAGGCACCAGGGACGGCCCCAGGACAGCCAGGACGCCCAGAGGCCCCGGCGUCCCCAGAACCGCUCCCCGGAGCGACCAGACGGGGCGACGCCGGCCAAGAACGUGAGGCUAAACGGCGCCGACGUCGCCGAGGUCGAAGCCGCGGAUGGCCGCCGCGCGUCCCGCCCCGCUUCGCCCGGCAGGCUGCUCCCUGAGAGUGCGUCGCUCCCGGAGCCGGCCAAGAAGAGCCAGAGUCCCGCCGGGAAGUGCACGAGGCCCGGCAGCCCCGGGCUGCCCGCAUCUCCGCCCCGGGCACAUCCGCAGACCUCGAGGACUCCCCCCGCCGUCCCGCUUGCCCCGAGCGCCAAGAAGGGCGACGAAGACACGCGGCCCCUCGACCUCUCGGUGUCCCACAGGGGCCUGCCAGCGCCGGCGCCCGUGCGUAGGCCUCUCGGGCGGCCGCCCCUCGCACUCCCUCCGAUGUGCACACCGGGGACCGCCAAGGGGACAGCCUCGCCCUCCCCGCACCGCAGGGCGGCGGCGUCGUCCCCCGCGGUGUCGCCGUACCAGAAGCCGGCUGUGGCGGUCAGCCAAGCCGCCACGUCCUCGCCCCUGUCGCAGCAGCACCACCACCACCACAACCACCAUCGGAGCAGCAGCAGGGGCUUCCUCAAGGGCGCCAACCUGACGUGCAUCAACCCGGACCCGGACGCCUUUCACCCGCGCAUCGUCAUCAAGAACCUGCCUCCGCGCGCUUCCGGUGCCAGCUUUCACAGGAUGUGAGGCUGCGUCGCCGUGCCGCCCUCUCCCUCGAAGAGCCUCCUCGCCUCUAGUCCUUAGCCAGGUGUUUCUCCUAGUUCUACUGCGCGCGAACGCGCAGCUGUCGUGAUCCGCGCGAGACGGCACCGUUUGUGCGUGCGAGUGAAAUGUGAGUGGAUGGAAGCCGUCGUGGCGUCAGCGGGAAGACAUCUGGAUAAACACCCUUUACCGCUCGGAUACGUCGACUUGCGUUGGGACAGCGGGCACUGUGAUCCCUCCUGGUGAACACGCGGAGGCCUCUGGCUCGGCCGCGAAGCACGCGUGUCCUCCGUGUGCGCCCUGCGGCGUGGGUGGGUUGCGAGAAUCUCGGUGUGUGCGGAUUCGUGUCGUGCUGCGUGAGUGUCUUCUACAUGAGGAAUACGUGCACCCCCUGGAGUACACUGGUUUACCUCGGAAUACGGCACGCGGUCCUCGUGAUCCUCAAUUGUGCUAGUUUUUUUUUUUUUUUUUUUUUUUUUUUUUUUUUUUUUUUUUUUUUUGCAGUGACUUUUUUGACGUUUACGUUCAAAAUAGUUUUGAGUAUUAUUUUAUCGUCUGUGAGUCCUCUUCCUGAAGACGUAAAAAUAUUUUC